GGCCCCGCCCCGGAUUGUCCCGCCGCUGGCCCGGAAAUAACAAGCCGAGUAAUGACCCAUCGCAUCUGGGAAUUUCGGGCGAGGGAUCGGGAAGCCGGGAUUCCAGGCUUGACCCCACCGUUACCGUUAGCUUUUUAGGAUCAAGCGCCUUUGCUUCUCUGCUCUUCAGUUUCCCCAGAUGACUGUUCGUCGCUUCCAGGAUAGUUGUAGUAUUUCAUAGGGAUUGAUGGAAGCAGAAACCAAAACUCUUCCCCUGGAGAAUGCAUCCAUCCUUUCAGAGGGCUCCCUACAGGAAGGGCACCGGUUAUGGAUUGGCAACUUGGACCCCAAAAUCACAGAAUACCAUCUCCUCAGGCUGCUACAGAAGUUUGGCACGGUGAAGCAGUUCGACUUCCUCUUCCACAAGUCAGGUGCUCUGGAGGGACAGCCUCGAGGGUACUGUUUCGUCAACUUUGAAACAAAGCAGGAAGCAGAACAGGCCAUCCAGUGUCUCAACGGCAAGCUGGCCCUGUCUAAGAAGCUGGUGGUGCGCUGGGCGCACGCUCAAGUAAAGUUAUUCUCUUGGGAAAAUGUGCUGGAAAAGCUACAACCAUUAAAAAAGAAAAAAGAAGAAAAGAAUGGUAUUCUGUUUCAGCCAGCACAGAGAUACGAUCAUAACAAGAAUGAUAAGAUCCUUCCAAUUAGUCUUGAGCCGUCCUCAAGCACUGAGCCUGCGCAGUCUAACCUAAGUGUCGCUGCAAAGAUCAAAGCCAUCGAAGCAAAGCUGAAAAUGAUGGCAGAAAAUCCUGAUGCAGAAUAUCCAGCGGCGCCUGUUUAUUCCUACUUCAAGCCACCAGAUAAAAAAAGGACUACUCCUUAUUCUCGAACAGCUUGGAAAUCUCGAAGAUGAUGGUUAUGAAUGACUGCUCUCCACACCUGAGGCCCUCUGCCUUUGUACUUGUAGCUGUGAGCAGUACUACCCGACAGAGCAGCCACAUGUUAGCGUUUGGUAACAUAACAUUUUUGGAUGUCCUCCUUAUGGAUGUUUCUUCCCUGAAGUAUGUGUGGAAUUGAGCAUCAUCCAGAAUAAAUAGGAUUUUAUCCAAAACUGUGACUUGAAUGCUGGGAUGCUCUAGUUGGCUCGUUUGUUUGGAUUUGUAACUCCAGAAACAUUAUAUAGUGUGCCAGAAAGAAAGGGAAACACAAAGAACGUUAUCAUUCAAAUCAGGAAACUUAAUUUAUUAAGAGCUGUCUUUAAAAAAAAACAAAACAAAACAUUUUUCUGUGCUCAGUUGUCUUUACGACAUAAAGAAAAAGUAAGAAAACAAGGAGGGAAGUAAGAAAUUUUGAAUCAUGCUCGAAACUGCUGUUCCAGAAUUUUCUGUGGAAAUCCCUCCAACUGGACUGAAAAGAAAAAGUUCUUGGCAAAAAGAGCUGGUUCUUUGAGCAAAUGUUGUGGUAAUCUGUUAAAGAAUUAUGCUUAUUGUUUCAAAAUCCCAAUUAGGAAAACAUGGUGUAUAUCUUUAAAAAGUGUUUGCGUCGACAAAACUGUAGACCAAAAUUUAGCACUUUGUACCACAGCAGAAGUCCUGUUUGAAAAUCCAACUUGUAUUCUAUCGUGAUCAUUUUUUAAAAAAAUCUAAAUAUUCCUGCCUUCUAUAAUACCAAAUGUCAUUAUUAGUGUGGGACUUUUAAAGUUUCAUUUAUUGCAUGAGAUUGUUUUUAAUAGCAUGAGAAUGUUCUGUUUGGAAUUAUAUCAUGAUCAAUCUAAAUAGAAAAGCUGGUAUCUUUGAAAACUUAAACAUUGCUAUAUUGAUUCUCUAUCAAACUUAUACCUUUAUUAAUAAUUGUGUAGGGGUCUGAGUAGAAGAAAUUGUCUUGUGUGGGGUGCGAUGGGGACACACAGUGGACACGGAAAGUCAGUGGAGCAGACACUGCUCUGGCACCAAGAUUGUAAUGACCUCAUGUUUUAUGUGGUUUAUAAAGGCUUGAAAGAUUGCAUGACUUUAAAACAAUUCUUCAUUUGUAGAACCUACUUCUCAGAUAUUUUUUGCCACUUUGAACAUUUUGAAUAUAACAACAGAGGAAGAAAAACAACCGAUCUGGGAGUCUGUUUCCAUCAGCAGCGUUGGUUGGUCAUUUUGGUGCCAGGUGGACAGACUGUUUCACUGGGCAGCACCAUUGCUUCUUUAGCAUGUAAAUCAUUUUGUUACUCAAGGUGCCACUCUUAGCGAUUACAGCUGUGUACUGUCAUUGUUCCCAGCAAGAAGAGGCUCUCAUUGUAGGAGCUUAAGUCUUCCUAUGAGCAGAAAUGAAUUUAAGACACUUGAACCAAAACUUCAGCAUAGUGAAGUGUUUUAAUUCACAGAAGUGGUUCAGAGAAAUUCCUAUCACCUUUCCCAAGGUAAAACUUUCAGAUAUCUUUCAAUGUUAUUCUGCCUGCAAAACUCAAGAGCUCAGUGUUAGAUGCAAGUAACUUUCCUUCUGUUUGGGGGAUAGUUCAGGGAGGCGGGAGCCUUAUCUCCCAUUUUUCUGGUGACUUCUCUAUAGAAUUCACCAUUUUACCCUUGAGGUCCUCCAAGAGUUAUGGUGGAAUAGGACUUAAUGCAAAAUAAAUAGUCUUCUAUUUUUAAUAGGAACUUAGAAAAUACUUAACUUUGGAUUAUCUAGAGUUGUUUCCUUUAGAAACCAGAGCUAUUUAUUUGUAUUUAAAGCAAUGUUUAUUAUUUGUACCGAUUCUUACUCCUUUGUGUGAAUAAAUGCAAGACAGUGUC